AUGGAAGUAUUUUCGCCCGACCAGCCCCGCCGGGCCCGUCGAUCAUCCAUCUCGGAGCAUAUCCAUCGCGUGUUCAAUAAAUCUUCGGAUAAACGACGCAGCCAAAAUGCCGGGUUUGUCCCCCCAGUUCCUUUUUUGGCCCGGGAAGCUCUCGCCCAAGAGGCAACUAGCGACAAGAAUUCCUAUGCGAGGCAUUCCUUGUAUGACGAGACUGGACCGAGCUCAAUUUCUCACUCCUCAAUGAACUCUCGUCUUCCAUCCGCCGGCACACCGGGAUCUAGUCUUUCAGUUGCACCUGGGGGUCGCGUGGAGGAUGACACUCCAACCCAACAAAUGACACCCUUGGCAACCAGCCGUCCCCAUGGAAAUGCAGACAACAUAUGCAAGUCGCCGACCUGGGACAAACCUAAAAAGAAAGAAAAGCGGGUUACAAAGCGUCUGGAAGCGGAGCGAAAGGAACUUGAGAAGCGUUUGCUUGCACUUGAGGAUGCCCAGUCCAAGGCCGACCUCGGAAUCUACGAAAGAUCCUCGCGCCGGCUGACCAAGAAACAACCAGUGAACAGCUCCAGCAGAGAUUCCAGUGUCAAUUCAGAACGUCCGAGAUCGUCAAGUGGGCUGUCCUCGCUAUUUCGGCGAUCACGCCGGAAUUCCAACUCGAGUGAUCUAGACUUCCCGUCUCCCGAGUUUAGCCAGCUUAGGACCGAUACGAACCCACCCUCUCUGCCCUUGACUCUACCGGAAAGGUUUGGAACAGCUAUCACCCGAGAGCUACAGUCCAAACAUGGCACCGCGCUGAACCUGUCCGCGUCGAAAAUGUCAAGCCCAACGUACAACCGUUCGCUCCACGUUACGGCAAAAUCCGAUAGCCUUCGCGAGAACUGGAAGAUGGCCGAAGCCUGGAAGACGAAGAAUGACGGAUAUCUGUCAAAUCGGUCGGUUUCGGAGCAGAUUCCCAAUGGCAGUCGGUCUAUAGUUGGGAACGAUGCUCGAAAUCGCGAGACACUAGCAACCAACCUACCCUCCUCGGAUGAUCUAGAUCGUGAGCUGUUUUCGGCAGCUUUGAGGCAUGAUAGAAAGCACCUCCCUGCGAUAGAACAUCCCCCUGAUCGUGUAAAUCGGCAUGACCGUUCUGCUAGGACUACCAGCAUGCCAAUGUCACAAAACCUGACCCAGCCUGAUCUCUGUCAGCCCUAUCCGGAGUCGCCUACGCAAGUUAUCACAGCUCUCCUCCCCCUUGCGCUCAAUCCUGCAAAUACGGACGAACCGUCCAAGAAAGAUUCCAUACUUCCAAGAGCUCCGCCUGCGCAAAACCUUAACCAUUCAAGCCCGUUGGAGCCACAGCUGCCCAUCCAGCCCUAUCCCGAGGAUCGAGGAAGAAGCCGAUUGCCCAUCGCCUCCUCAAAUGGCCCCCAGCGGACGUCAAGUCGGUUCAAGGAAAACUUCCAAGAUGCUCCGCAGGCGAUCAAGCCGCCCGAGAUUCCUGUCAAGAGUGACAGGCGAAGUCAAGAGAAUCGGAGAGUAUCGUCCACGUCGACUGACACACUUAGAGACAUUCCGGCGUCUCCUUUCCAGGUAUCUGUCAGAUCUCCUUUUCAUACUGGGAGUGUUUCACCUGGCGAGAGAAGCAACCGGAGAUCCAGAGACCUGUCAGAUGAGACGUAUACCAUUCCUGCGAGGUCUCCCCGACGAACCUCCCGUAACUCCACCGAACUCCCAGGGAAUAUCCUUUCAAUCGGAGGGCCUGGAGGGUUCAUACCAGGGCAUAGCCGCACACCUUCAUACGCUUCCUCCCACGAUGGAAACUCAAAUUACGACACCGCUGACGAAGACACACCGGAGUCUCCUGGAUUCAAACGUAACUCCCUGGCCCAGGCAGACCUCAAUCCCCCAACACCCUCGGCCAUUGAGGUGCCUGUGACACAGGAGCCUCCUGCCAGUCGACCCGCCCAGCCCAACAUCCCGUCUGGCACACAUCCUAUCACCCAGCCUGGCACCCAGCCUGGCACCCAGCCUGUCAUCCAACCCGGCAUCCAAUCUGGCUUGCAGCCUAGCAUUCAUCCUGACAUUUAUUCUGGUAUGCAAUCCGAUAUCCACCCCGACAGCCCUCAAAUCCGACCAGGUCCUAUGAGCAUCUUAAAGCGAAGGUCCCAGAAAGCGAAAGCAGCCCGCAUUCCGGUAACCAUCGCCAAGAUAUUCGUCAUCUGCUGCCGCUGCAAGUACUGGCACGAUCUACCCUCUGAGGUAUACGCACGUCUCGCCUGCCCAGAGCGUCUUGGAACCGACCUCAAGACGAGCAGGUCCCGAUCCAAAAAGCAAAACGAUACGGGGCCUCGCAAGCUGACAGGUUCUCGCUCACUGCCAUUUGGACAAUUCCCAGCUGCUCAUGCUGCCCAGAACAUGCCUGAUCUGCGGCCUGCACCUCUUUUGCCUCGUAAGGUGACCUGCUGCUGGUGUGGACAUAACAUGAGCCGGUCUUGUUGUGAGGGUUGGACUACUGUUGUUGAAAUGCGCGAGCGUCAUCAUUGA